GUUCUGCUAAACCGCAUCAAGUGCCUUUUUUCCGUCCAGUGAUGAUACUCUUCUCGAGAAUGGAUUAGAAUGGAGAAAGGAUCUAUUGAUGUGAUGAUUUGAUGUGAAAUAUCCUUGAUAUCUGUUCGAGAAAUGUUCGAUAUGGUUUGUGAAUCAAAAGAACUACUGCGCGAAAUUUUGAGCAUUAAAUUGGGUGUGUUUUUAUCGACGCUUGGUGCGUAUUAGCAGAACCCCGACCAAAUAGCUGCUCAGAAUACAAAUGUGAUUUCUAAAUUUAUCUCUCGCUAUACCGGUCCAAAUUAAAGCGGCCUACGGUUAGUUCAAAUCAAACAGCCACCACGGUCAGUCAUCCAGUGAAUAACCGCACUCUACAAUGGCAGAACACAGCGUCGACGAAAUUCACUCCCCGUCUUGGCUCAACGAUGAUUUCUUCACCAAAAUGUUACAAAAUUCUGAAAAUGAUCCAUCCAUCCAGCUGACGGAGAGUUGUGAGCUACGUCCUGCUACCCAACCUGGGGACCACUACGGCAGUAUUAUGUUCCGCACCGAAAUUCAUUAUCAAACGAAGCGAGUGUCCGGUGAGCAGAAAGCUAAUCUGAUAAUCAAAACUCAACCCACCGCUGAUGGGUAUAAGAAAGAAGUGUCUCAAGGAAACACGUUGUUUGUGAAGGAAAUUCAGAUGUACAGUGAGGUGCUUCCAGCAAUGGCAAAGGUGUUGAAAGAUGCUGGCGAACACUUGGAAGUGGCUCGAUUGUUCUACGCAUCGAUCGAGCCGAAUGCAAUAAUUGUGAUAGAAGAUUUGUCGCCAAAGGGAUGGCUCGCUAAUCGUGUUUGCAUUGGAAGUAUCGAAGAGGCCAGGCAGAUCAUUCGGGACAUAGCAAACCAUCAUGCAGCUUCGCUUUAUAUCAACCAGCAAAAGAUUAUGGAUUUGACCACACACAGCAUAAAAGAGGUUCUUUGUGAGGGAUUGGUGCUCACUCAAUUCAGCACAAGAUUUAACGAGUUUUCGGAAGUUGUAAGUAAAUGGAAUGGCUGCAGUGUGUUUGCGGACAAGUUGAAACAUCUUCUCAAAACUCUCGGUCAAAGAUACAGCGAAGUAUACGAUCCAAAUCCACCAACCGUAGGCUACAAUGUUCUCAAUCAUGGAGAUUUUAACUGGAAAAACAUUUUAGUCAAGAAGAAUCUCGACGGACGCAUCGUGGAUGCUAUGAAAAUCGAUUACCAAUGCGGCCAUUGGGGUUCACCGGCCAUCGAUAUUCUGUAUCUGUUAGAUUUGAUUGUAGACAAUCCAACCAAGACGGCGCACAGGAAUGAAAUCCUAUACGAAUAUCAUCAACAGUUUGCUACAGUUCUUGGUAAAAUGGGAUACUUGGGCAAAGUUCCAAGUCUGGUGGACUUACAAACGGAACUGCUUCGUAAAGGAUUUCUGGAGGUUAUGCACGUUGUGGUGUUUGAGAAAUUUAAAUACGAAAAGCUUACCGACACAACUUUUGACAACUACGGUCAGGGUAAUCCGGAUGAUCCCAGCUACCAGAAUGAGGAAUUCUGCAAUAUAAUUCGUUCGGAACUACCGACACUGAUGUAUAAAGGAUUGUUGGACCAGUGAUCCAAUGAUCGGAGAAACAUUAAAAGUGCAGAUUGUGGUGAUAUGUAAAAGUUUAUAAAUAAAAUAUUCAAUACGAGUAAUUAAUAUUAUGUAUUUUUAAAAUGCACUAUUAUAUUCGAAAUUGUAUUAAAAAAGAGAACCUUUAUCUUUA